UCGCGCGGAGCUGCCGCCGGCGGGGGGCGCGGCAGUCUUCCCCGCGCCGCACCAGCAGCGGGUUCUGCAGCUGGAAGGAACCAAUUCCAUCUGCCACAGGCGCACAAGAAGAAGAAGGAACAGGCUACAACAACAAAGUCAAAGUACAAGCAUAGGGGUGGGUCCUUCGCUCUAUUGGGACAACUCUGGCUUUUCGAGCAGGAAGGACGGAUGCGCCCGGACAUGAAAACUCUCAAGUCUGCAGCGCAACGUUUUUGCGACGAGUCGAUGGAACCGCCUGCCGGGCCGCUCACGUCGAAAAACGGUUAUUACUGCGGGUGGAGCUCAAUGAGCUCAACGCUGGAAAAGAACCGACUGGUCGACAGGCACAAAGGGCGACCACACACCUUCACCCUAACGCCAGAGGGAAGGGAGGUCGCGUUCAAGGUCGUGCAGGAACACCCGGAGGACUUUGGGGUUAGCAACGCCUUCAACAGCACGGCGCACAGCGACGCCAAUAGCGGUGGUGGCGCCGGCAGUUCUUCUCCGGACGCCUUUUCGCCGCCUAGGCGAACUGGAGCGGAGGCGGCGGCGGCCGGCACACGCGGCGUGCCCUCUUCCGUCCGAAACCCGUACUCGCCCAGCGGUUGGAUUGCCGCGGCCUUUCCUAGUAGCAGUAGCGGCGGCGGCUGUGGCGGCGGCGGCAGCAGCGGCGGUGGUCGCGGUGGCGUGUCGACAGCCAGUGCCCUAGCCGCGAAUGCCGCAGAGGCCAGAAGGUCGGUGGAGGUCGCUUCGAAGGCGAAGGUGAAGGCACCGGCGGCAGCGACCGCGUCGGUGGGGACUACCCGAGGGCGGAUGCUGCAGAGGAAGUACGUCAUGCAAAGAAUAGUCGGGAUGGAUCUCGGGAGUAAGGGUUCGGGUAGAGGAAGGGGCCAGGAGAAGCACGCGAAGCGGGCGAAGCUGUACGAAAUGUCAUCGCCGGGUCCUCCCCGUCACGGCGACCGCGGGGGCACUAGCGGCAUGCUUCUGGCUGCUCUACAACAGUGCGGCCAGCAGGGGGACGGCAAGUCUGCCGCAAGCAGAGAAAAAAGCGAACCACCCCCACCAGCUUCUACCGCCGCCGCCAGAGGCGCCGGCGAGCUUGGCGCAAUCGACGACGACUGGAUGUCGUUGACGUCGAAGCCAGUAAGUAGCCCGCCGGCGCUAGAGGUGUCAUCGCCGCCGGCGGCGUGGAACCGUCGCGCUAGCGGCGGCCGGCCGAACACGACAAGUCCCGAACCCUCGAGCGUAGGCGCUGUGUCACGGAGGGCCGCGCCGCCGCCGCCACCGUCGCGGUCUGCUGUGCCCUCGGCAGGAGGGAACAAGAGGAAGACUGCGACCAGCUCGGAGACGGGCGGUAGAGGCGGAGGGGUGACGAUGGUUGAGGAUGUGGUGGACAUCUCCCUCAGCGAUGACGAAGACGAGGGCGACGGCAGCGAUGGUGCGGAAGCCGUCGCGGUAUCGUCCCCGGACCGGGCUCAAGCACCGACGGAGUUGCCUAGGAGCAGCAGCAGCAGCAGCAGCAGUGCGGAGGGAUCGGCGGUCUCCCCGUCGGUAACCCAGCCGCGAGCGGGGGGUGGUGGCGGUGCGGCGAUCCGUGUAGGACAGGACCACCACGCCGCGGCGGCGGUUGCUGCUGGCGUUGGCGCACCGGGGCCCGGCGGAGGGGGAGUCGCGCCGCUGGUGCCUCCGACGCUGUAUCGAUCGAUGGCGCGAGGGGCCGCUGCCGGCCCUUCCGAGGACGGCGCGUUGAGCUGGCGCGGUCGCGCUUGCCCCGCCUGGCUGCAGGGGGAGCUGGACGCUGGUGCCUUGAGCGGAAAGGGCUGCCCGCCAGCCUGCAGCCGCCGUUCAACUCCCGCCCCGGCCGGCCGUGUCUUUGCCCCUCUCUCAGACCGGAUGGUCGACGCGUUUGACCUCGUGCUAAUUGUGGACCCCGGCGAACAGCGAGACAAGGUCCGAGCCCCCAUCCGAGACAAGCUGGAGAGGUGA